CGGGAGACAUAAAGCCUGCCAGGCCGCUCCUGGGGCACCUCUGCCGUCGCCAUGAAGGGGAGCAGCACCCUCCUGCUGGUGGCCGCCACCCUGCUCUGCACCUGUGGGCUGGCCGCGGACGAGGACAACAGCGAGUUCUUCAUGGAAUUCCUGCAAACGCUGCUGGUGGGGGACCCGGAGGAGCUCUACACCGGGCCCCUGGCCAAGUACGAGGUCAACGCGGCAUGCAGGGAGGCGCUGACCACGCUCAAGUCCUGCAUAGACGGCCUGCAGCCCACACACAAGGCAGAGCUGAUCAAGCUGCUGGUGCUUGUGCUGGGCUGAGCACGGCGCCGAGGGACCCGGAUGUGGCCACGAGCAGCCACAGGACCAGCUACAUGAGCCGCCGUGGCCACGCCACCCACUGCCACUUCCCCAGCGUGAUUUUAUCCACAACCGUUCAAUCAAUAAAGCCUCCUG